AGCUGACUUCAACUGAUAGGGGGAGGUUAAAAUAGACAGCAGGGCUGUAUUGUGGAGGCCUCUUAAGCUGAGAAUCACAUUUCAGCAGGUAUAACGUGAUUUAAAAUCGAACAUGAACAACUUAGGCAUUCAUCUUGUAAGGUUGUGUCUAAAACUUUAAAGAGUUCUUGCGGAGGCGCUGACAGGGGGAAAGAAAAAAAAUUUAACGUAUCGCAGUUUUUUUAUCCUCGUAUUCCCAAGUGCCUGAAGGAAGAUGCAUGCUUGACUGAGCCAGAGGAAAAAAGGACAAGAAAAGAAGAAAAUACUCAAGGUGUAAGACAACUAUCGCAAGCGGGAAAAAGACUGCAGAGCAAGCGAAGGCCAAAGAAGACAAGAAGAAAUCACAAUAAAGAGGGCAAGAAGACACAUUUUAGGAAUGCAAUAUAGAGAAGCAAACCGCGAUGGAAGACGAGACCAAAUAAAGUGAGUUGCCGUGCUUUGACGAAAAUAAAUCCUUUGAUAGACAAACAUCAGCGUAACCCUGGGACUGCUCAAGAAACCCAAAGAGACAUGGCAUGUCAAGCAUUUGGGGCCGAUUCCUUCACCCAGCUGGCCGGAGACUCACCUUUGCCAAUCCUCAUGCAUCAUGGGUCCACCGGGGACUGCUUACCGACCACCUCCCACGCUCACAGUAUGGUUUCUGCAGGACUGUCCCUGGGUCAGACCUCCAAGAGAUCCCACAUGCACCUGUCCACUUCCUCUCUCGGCAACGCCCUCAGUAACGCUCCUCCAAGUUUGCAUUACCCAGUCACCCCCUGCCAUUACAGCAACCAGCAAACCACCUAUGGCAUGAUGACAGCCCAAGAGAUGCUUUCUGCGAGCAUAUCUCAGACUCGUAUCCUGCAAACCUGUGGCGUCCCUCACCCCAACAUGGUGAGUGGUGCAAACCCAUUACAAGGGUCUCUGACUCCUUGCAUAUACAAGUUUCCAGAUCACGGGCUGAGCAGCAGCUCUUGCGCUUUAAGCCACGGGUUUUCCUCGCUGCCGUCCGCCCUCCUCUCGGCCGACGAGGUCUCCGGGGGCCCCAGCGGCGAGUUGAAAGGUGAUGCGCAGCGGAAAGGGAUGCGGGAGCAGGAGGACGCACCCCCCAUGGACUCCCCACAGAUACGAGAGCUGGAAAUGUUCGCGAAUGACUUCAAAAUACGCCGGAUCAAACUCGGCUACACUCAGACUAAUGUAGGCGAGGCUCUUGCCGCAGUGCACGGCUCAGAGUUCAGCCAGACCACGAUCUGCCGCUUUGAAAAUUUGCAGCUGAGCUUUAAGAAUGCCUGCAAACUCAAGGCCAUUCUGGCGAAGUGGCUUGACGAAGCUGAGCUGGCUGGUGCCUUGUACAACGAUAAAACCGGAAUGAAUGAGCGGAAGAGGAAAAGGAGAACGACCAUCAGCCUCGGAGCCAAGGAGGCCCUGGAGCGCAGCUUUGUGGAGAAAAGCAAGCCGUCGUCUCAGGAAAUAGCCCGGAUAGCCAAGGGGCUCCAUCUGGAGAAGGAGGUGGUCAGAGUGUGGUUCUGCAACAGACGGCAAAGAGAGAAACGCGUCAAAACGAGCCUCAGCCUUAGCUCGUGUCUGACCAAAAUCAGCCAAAACUGCCUCACGCAAAUGAAUAAAACACAAAGACCACUUACAUGAAUUAUCGUCCAGCUCGG